CUCACGGUGGAUUCUUUGCCUAGUAUGGCGGAUCACGAAGAACCUUGGUUUCUAUUUCCGUGUGAGAGGAGGGUGCAAUUCGCAGAACGGAGAUCCUUGAACGCUGCUUCUCCCGCACAGCGACAUCGCUCCCACUCAUAAAGGUGAUCUCAACGACAAUCAACUCGGAGACUGACACUACCUAUCGUCCCUCCCCUCGCUAAGUCCAUCAUGACAGAUCAGGUGAUACCCAUGAAUUUACUGCCAGUGCACGCACAGUCUGCGAUGUUCUCCUUGCAACUCGGUGCAGCUGCAUUCGUAUGUAUGUUCAUAGCUGCCAACUACUUGCGCUCCAAACUGGCCCGCCGUUGUCUUCCGCCAGGACCGCCCGCUCUUCCGAUCAUCGGGAACCUCCACCAACUGCCGACGUCCCACCAAGAACACAGGUUCGCGCAGUGGGGAAAGCGCUACGGUGAAGUCGUCUACGCACGCGUCUUGAACAAAGCCACACUCAUCCUCAAUCGCGCUUCUACCGCGCGUACGCUGCUCGAGAAGCGCGGCGCGAAGUACUCGGGGAGACCACAUACGACGUUCGUGACAGAUAUCGUGGGGUGGACUCAACUGGUGAACAUGCCCUACACGGACCAGUGGCGGCGCCACCGCCGGUGGUUCCAGACUGCACUGCAGGCGCGGAACGCCCUGAAUGCCUACGAGCCGCUGCAGUACGCCGAAGUGCAGAACCUCCUGCUGGACCUGCUGCGCGAGCCGGAAGGGGCGGUGAGGCACGUCAAACGGUAUGUCGCGGCGCUGAUGCUCGGCGUGGCGUAUGGGUACUCGCUGUCCUCGAUGGACGACGAUUUUCUCGCGAUGGUGGAGGAUGCGUUGCAGAUUAUCACGGAGUCGGGCGGGCCGUCUACUAUGCUCGUGGACUUUAUCCCAAUCAUGAAGUACUUGCCGUCGUGGAUGCCCGGCAUGGAGAUGAAGCGUAGGGGUCUCCGUGCGCGACACCUCAUCAGGGACAUGGAGAGCAUCCCGUUGGAGCGUGUGAAGCGCGAGAUGGCAGAAGGCACGGCCCGACCAUCUGUUGCCACUGUGCUGCUGGAAGAGGCGAAAAAUACAGGGACGCUCGAUGAAGCUGAGGAGAGGGAGAUCCGGUCUGUGCUGGGGGUCAUGUACGCUGCGGGUACGGAUACGACAACGACGGUGCUCACGACGUUCAUCCUCAUGAUGGUCAUCCAUCCGGAAGUGUUGCAGAAAGCUCAGAGGGAGCUUGACAGUGCGAUCGGCGACUCCCGUCUUCCAAACUUCAGCGACCGGCCAGCACUUCCAUAUCUAGAGGCCGUUUUGAAGGAAGUGUACCGCUGGCUCGCGCCGGUUCCGUUAGGUAUUCCCCACCAGCUGACGGAAGAAGACAUUUAUGAAGGGUACAAGAUGCCCAUAGAAUCUAUGGUGUUUACGAACAUCUGGGCGAUGUUACGCGAUGAGGAGCUAUAUGCAGAUCCCGAUACGUUCGAUCCCGAACGCUUCACGGGGCUGAGCGAGGCCAAAUCCGAGGAAACGGAUCCACGCAGGAUCGUGUUCGGGUUCGGUAGACGCCUCUGCCCCGGACGCCUCCUUGCUGACUCGAGUAUCUUCCUUGCAGCGGCCAACAUCAUUGCCGUGUUCGAUGUAUGCACACCCAGAACGCGGGAUGGGCAGGAGAUCCCUCUUGUGCCAUCAUUCACAAGUGGAGUAGUAAAACACCCAAAACCAUUCGCAUGUGAUAUCCGCCCUAGAUCCGCGAAGGCAGCGGAACUGAUGCUAGCGGCGGACGGGAUAUUAGAAUGAGUGGCAGCGUGCUGGGCCAAAAUUGAGCGGAUUUGUGUACCAAUCGAGGAUUGUCCAUACCAUGUCGAUCAGAUGCAUUUUAGUAUAAGCUGAUAGUGCCAGUCUGACUGGGUCCAGAUUGCUGCACUGACUCCUCAGUGGGCAGAUCAGACAUGCAC